UGUGGAAAGAUUUUCACUGAGAGGCGUAAGCUUAUCAUACAUGAAAGGAUUCACACAGGGGAGAAACCGUAUGUAUGCCUGGUGUGUGGAAGAAAAUUCAAUCAAAGCGGUCAACUGACGAGACAUCAGCGAACUCACACGGGGGAGAAACCGUAUAGCUGCCUGCAGUGUGGAAAGAAAUUUAGUGGCAGUUCCAACCUUAUGAUACACGUCAGAAGACACACGGAGGAGAAGCCGUAUAUAUGUUUGGAGUGUGGAAAAGGCUUCCGUGACAACAGUGUCCUUGUUUGCCAUAAAAGAAUCCACACAGGAGAAAAACCAUACCGAUGCCUGGAGUGCGGAAAGAGCUUCAGUCAAAACAGUAGCCUUUUGCGACACAAAAGAAUCCACACAGGGGAGAAGCCGUAUCAAUGCCUUGAGUGUGGAAAGAGCUUCCGUCAGAAAAGCAGCCUUUUGCAACACAGAAGAAUGCACACGGGGGAAAAACCGUACACGUGCCUGGAAUGUGGAAAGAGCUUCAACCAGAGCGGUCAUUUUAUGUGCCAUAAAAGGAUUCACACGGGAGAAAAACCGUACAAAUGCAUGGAGUGUGGAAAAGAUUUCAGCCAGAACAGUAGCCUUUUGCAACAUAAAAGAAUUCACACGGGAGAGAAUCCGUACCAAUGCACCGAGUGUGGGAAAGGGUUCGGUAAGAACUAUAAGCUUUUGCAACAUAAAAGAAUUCACACGGGGGAGAAACCGUACACGUGCAAGGACUGUGGGAAGAGUUUCAGUUGCAGCAGCUAUUUUAUUUGCCAUAAAAGGAUCCACACGGGGGAGAAACCAUAUAAAUGUCCGGAGUGCGGAAAAGGUUUUAAUAAAAGCAGCCGUCUUACAUCUCACAAAAGAAAACACACAGGAGAGAAGCCAUACCAAUGCACGGAGUGCGGAAAGAGAUUUUCUUAUAAUUUUGUCCUCAGAUAUCAUCAACGAACUCACACUGGGGAAAAACCAUAUGCAUGCCUGAUUUGUGGAAAGAAGUUCAGUGGGCGUUCCAACCUUAGAGUCCACGUAAGAAUCCACACGGGGGAGAAACCACAUAAAUGUACGGAGUGUGGGAAGAGUUUCCGUAAGGACAGUAACUUUAUUUGCCAUAAAAGGAUCCACACAGGAGAAAAACCCUACACAUGCCAGGAGUGCGGAAAGGGCUUUACUCAGAACGCGAACCUCAUCAAACACAAAAGAAUUCACACGGGAGAGAAGCC